AUGGAGGAGGCCGCGAUCGGGGAUGCCGAACUCAACUGGUCCCGCCUUAAGGCGUCGGCCAAGGCCCUGGAGUCGGAGCUGGAGGCGCGCGCGGAGGAGCGGCGCGGCUCGCGGGAGGCGCUGCUGCGGCUGCUGCUGCCUUACACCCGGCUGACGUCGCUGCCGCGGGCGCUGGGCGGCGGCUUCCCGCACCUCCAGCUCCUGGACGUGAGCGGCCACGCGCUCAGGGCGCUGGGGCCCGAGUUGCUGACGGCGCUGGGGCCCGAGUUGCUGACGUUGAGCGGCCUGCGCACGCUGCUGGCCAGGAACAACCGGCUCGGCGGCCCAGGCUCGCUGCCCAAGGGCCUGGCCCGCUUGCCGCUCUGCCGCAGCCUCCAGGUUCUCAACCUCAGCGGCAACUGCUUCCAGGAGGUGCCCCCCUCGCUGCUGGAGCUGCGGGCGCUGCAGACCCUCAGCCUGGGCGGCAACCAGCUGCAGAGCAUCCCUGCCGAGAUCGAGAACUUGCAGAGUUUAGAAUGCUUAUACCUUGGAGGAAACUUCAUUAAAGAAAUCCCACCAGAAUUAGCACAUCUUCCUUCUCUGAAUUACUUGGUGUUAUGUGACAACAAAAUCCAGAGUGUGCCUCCUCAGCUCUCACAGUUGCAUUCCCUUCGUUCCCUGAGUCUUCACAAUAACUUACUGACAUAUCUGCCUCGUGAGAUCCUCAACCUUAUUCAUCUGGAAGAGUUGAGUUUGCGAGGAAAUCCAUUGGUUGUCCGUUUUGUUAGGGAUUUAACAUAUGACCCUCCAACUCUUCUGGAAUUAGCUGCAAGGACCAUUAAGAUCCGAAGUGUUUCUUACACUCCCUAUGAUCUUCCUGGGAAUCUCCUUAGAUACUUGGGUUCAGCCAGCAAUUGCCCAAACCCAAAAUGUGGCGGAGUCUAUUUUGACUGCUGUGUCAGACAAAUUAAGUUUGUGGACUUCUGUGGGAAGUACCGCCUCCCCCUGAUGCACUAUUUGUGUUCUCCAGAAUGCUCUUCCCCCUGCAGCUCUGCCUCGCACAGCUCCACGUCCCAGAGUGAGUCUGACUCAGAAGAUGAGGCCAGUGUUGCCGCGCACAGGAUGCAGAAGGUCCUUCUUGGUUGA